AAAAUGAAGGGAGAUUUCGAUGUGUCAGUUCCAAAGAUUGAAGGUGACACAAAAGCUCCCAAGCUUGACAUUGAAGGACCAGAUAUCGACAUUGAUGGCCACAAAGGAGGCUUUAAAAUGCCUACAUUUAAAUUGCCAUCCUUUGGACUGAAAGGUCCAAACAUUGAAGGGCCAGAAGUUGAUCUAAGCCUCCCGAAAGCUGAUAUUGACAUUAAUGCUCCUCAAGUGGAUAUCAAAGGACCAGAUUUUGACAUUGAGAGUCCAAGUGGUAAAAUCAGAGGACCCAAAUUCAACAUGCCAAGCAUUUCAGGACCAAAACUUUCCAUGCCAGAUGUGGAUUUCAACCUGAAAGGUCCCAAAAUGAAAGGUGAUGUGGAUAUGUCAAUGCCAAAGAUAAAGGGAGGCAUAAAAUCACCUGACGUUGACAUCAAAGGUCCACAGGUUGACAUUGAAGGUCCCUCAGGUGGAUUUGAAAUGCCUAAAAUCAAAAUGCCAUCAUUUGGCUUCACAGGUCCAAAAGUCGAGGUUCCAGAUGUUGAUGUAAACCUUCCCAAAGGUAACAUUGAUGUCCCUGAUGUUAACAUUAAAGGGCCGGACUUUGAUGUUGAAGGCCCUGAUAUAAAAUUGAAAGGAUCCAAAUUCCAAAUGCCAUCAAUAUCAGGACCCAAGCUGCCCGAAUGGGAUUUGAGUCUGAAAGGUCCCAAGAUAAAGGGAGAUAUGGCCACUCCAAAGAUUGAGGGAGACAUGAAAACACCUGAGAUUGAGAUCAAAGGUCCUAACGUCAAUUUUGAAAGUGGACCAAAGGUGAAGUUACCAAAAAUAUCUGGACCGAAAAUAUCAUUUCCAGAUGUUGACGUCAAUCUGAAGGGGCCAAAGUUGAAAGGUGAUUUGAAAGGGGAUAUUCACCUACCAAAAGCUGAAUUUGAGGGUCCAGAUCUUACAAUUGACGUUCCAGAAAUUGGCACAAAGAAAUCUAAAUUCAAAAUGCCAAAGUUUGGUUUCAAGAGCCCAAAGAUGAAGGCACCAGAAACUGAUGUGGAAAUGGUAAAAGGCGAUAUCAGCAUCAAAGGGAAGACUGGUAGCUCUGAACAUCUUGAUCUUGACCUUGGGUUGACUGGUUCGAAAACUAAAGGAUCAAAAUUCAAGAUGCCAAAAUUUGGUUUCAAAGCCCCAAAGGUUGAAAUGCCAGAAGUUGACAUUAAUCUUCCCAAAGCUGGCAUUGACAUAAAGAGUCCCAAUGUCGACAUUGAAAGACGAGGUGUUCAAAUUGAUAUUCCGGAUGUAAAAGUCAAGGGACCAAAACUCAAAAUGCCAACAACCUCAGGACCAAAAAUGUCCAUGCCAGAUGUAGAUUUCAAUCUGCAAAGUCCCAAACUCAAAGGUGAUUUGGAUAUGUCACUUCCAGAGAUAGGAGACAUAAAAAUACCGGAAGUUGACAUUAAAGGUCCAAAGGUUGAUGUUGAAGGUCCCAAAGGUGGAUUUGAAAUGCCUAAAAUCAAAAU